AUGGCAAGUAGCACGACAGCUGCACCAGCCGUCUCGGAAUUGACCCCUCAGGCUUCCUCCGCAAGUCCUGCCGUCGCGAGCAACACGCCUGUGCAUCACAAUGGCUCUGCCACCCCGGGAGUCGACGGGGUCAUCCAUCCCGGCCUACGGAUGGACGUGAGAACGAGCAAUGGCGCACAGCGCGACGGCCGCGUACGCAACCCGAUCCCCAGCAAGCUCAAGGGUAAGACGGACGACAAGAAGGGGAACUUCAAUGUCAUGCACAUGGACAUUUCAAACACCAACGAGAGCCAGGCCAGAUACGACGCUGCGAAGCGCAACAGUGAGAACACAGCCCUCCAGGCCAGACUUGCCGAGACCGACCACUACGUUUCGCACCACAGGAGGGCCAACUACUCUCGGACCAGAACUCCUGGGAAGGAGUCUUCUACCCCAGCCCCGCCUCCUCUGCUGCCGCCGCCCCGGACGCUGGCCCUGACCCCCGAAGAGACAAAGGCGGAACAGGCGCGCCUUCUUACGCUACUUCGGACUCUACCCCAUGCCAACAUCGUGGACCAGCUUUGCAAGGCAUUGGCCUUCUUUGGUGGUAUACCGGAUGCUCCUCCUCCGCAGGACGGCAAGUUCCCCGAGAGCGGCGAAGCCAAUGGGCCAGGCUCCCUAUUUGUUGGCUGGAUAUCCGAGAUCUUUCCGGAUCUCGAACGCCCUCGCAGACCCACCAUCACGCUAUCUGCGCCGCCCAAGCGUCCCAGAGGCCGACCAAAGGGCAGCAAGGCCACGAAAGCCAGACGGGAUAAAGGCAUCAAGAAGGGGUCCAAGGCGGGCGAGGGUAGUUCCGCGGCAGCUGCAUCUGCGAACCAGCAGAACGGGGAUGAUGAAGGCUGGGUUGAUAUGGACGAUAGCGUGGUAAAUAUGGAUGAUCGAGACGACACUGUGGAAGACCGGGUGCUGAGCCUACUUGCAACGCCUCCACAUGCACAGUCGAGAGCAGCGCCAAAUGCGACUCCUGCUACAGCCUCUACCGGUUUCACAUCUAUUAAUCCUGCCCUGGCGGAGCCUGCAUCGGCCAGCAAAAGGCGCGGUCGGCCCAAGGGCUCGAAAAAUCGACCUAAAGAGCAGGGCAUGGAGGAACCGUUACAACAUGUGCAGUCCACGCCCAUUGCUGCACCGACUGCUGCUGCCACACUCCAGCCUGCUGCUUCUGCCGCCAUUUCUGGCCCGGUUGGCCCAGCAAACUCUUCGAAAAAGGCCAGCGGCGCGCGACCGAAGGGCGGAAAGAAAUCGAAGGCUGGAAAUGAUUCGACACCACAAGGCUCUGCAGCAGCCCAGCCGAACCCGCUGCCCGCUCAGACUAGCACCUCGUAUAUACCACCUCCCACCUUGCCGCUUGCUGCUACGAGACCGUCCGUGCCGAUUAAUUCCCAGAACCCCAUUGUCAACGGAAGUGGGAGUAAGAACAAACGCACGCAGCUGCCCACACAAACGCAAUCGGCGGCGCCCGCGCCCCAGGCGACACAACCUCUGCCUCAAGUCAAGGAGUCUACGGUGAGCGCCAAGAGGAAGCGUCAGAGCAACAAGUCUGCCGCCGCAAACGGAGCCACAGCUGGUGCGAACAACACCGGCGGCGCAGCGAGCCAUGGGCCUCCACAGGCUCUGUCGACAACUCCAGGUCUAGCUUCAAGUAACAUCGCCCAGCCCCAGGCUCAAUUGGCUGAAAGCCAUGGACGACAGAGCCCCGUGGUGGCGCCGCCUGCAAAGCGCCCUCGCAAAUCGAAUGCUGCCGCCUCGAAGCGUCAAGCAGCGACGGCUGGACCAGCUGUGGCUGGUUCCUCGUUACCAGUUGCCAUAGAAUCGUCCCCGGUGCAACAGCCCGCCCAGCAACCCCCGGCUGCUCAACACCAUAAGCCAGCGGAGGGGCUUGCAGCUCAUCUUGACCGGUUUGCCGCUCUUCAGAAUAACAAUGAACACACGCAGGCAUACAGCAGUCAACAUCAGGCUCAACCACAGCCACAACAACACGCGAGUAUGUCUAGCAGUCACUCGACUGCUCCUGCUGCGGAAGGGCUUGAGGCACAUUAUGAACGGUUCCAGAAUCGUCAACAGUCUGCUCAGCAGGGAGGAACUAUGCGGCAACAGUCAAGGCAGAAUCAACCACAGGGGGCAUCUGUAUCCCCCGCACCAUCGCAGGCUUCAAAGCCUCAGGUAACCACCCUGCCAUCGCAGCAGCAAACCCGACAGCCGUCGAAUACUCCAAACUACUAUAACCAAAGCCCGACUGGAGCAUACACCGUGCAGCAGGGAUCAUACACCACGAAUCCGCGUCAAUCUCAGAGCACUAGCACGAGCUCGCCUGGCACUGCUCUUGUAUCUCAUGUAACACAUUCACCACAAUUUGGCUCGCAAAGCACGAAUUCCCCCCUUCUGAGCGCCGACAAUACUUUCCGAGGCUCACCAUCCAUGGGUUUUGCUCCUCGGCGCACUCCUUCAGCCUCGCCGAUGGAUAAUAACUAUCGGGCUAGCGGUGUAGCAAACCAAACCUCGCAUUUCAACAACCCGCGCCAGACACCCACGACGGCCGCGCACUCAGGAGUCAGUCCUGGGUUCCAGUCCUUCCCAGAUAACGGCCUGUUUGAUCUGCAAGGCUUUGACUCCACAGCCAACCACAAUACGAUAGGCCUGGGCGCUACCGGCUCCUACGGCAUGGGUCCUGCCAACGUGCAACGCAAUAACAGCACCUCUAACAGCGCCUCGGCGUAUGCAAAUGCGUCCAUGGCGAAUGGAGCUUACGACCAGGGCGGACUCAGCAAGGGGACGAUGAACACUGGCUACCGUGGCCAGCAGGCCCGGUGGUCAUGA